CAAAAGCACUAACUAUGUGAUGUCAUGUGGUGUGGUGAUGAAGGACCAGCCCCGGAGUCAGGCCAUGUGGUUUGAAUCUCAGCUCUGCUAGUCAGGUAGCCCGGGCUGGAUUUCUUAAUUUCUCAGUGCCUCCAUUUCUUCAUCUUUGAAAUGGGGUUAGUAAUAGCCCCCUUAUAUGAGAUGCAACCAUUAUAUGAGAUGAUGAACGGCAAACACCGGCAUGAUGCCUGGUUCUUACUGACAAUGGCUACCACUUGCUGAACACCGAUACAUCACUGCAUGCCUCGCCUGACUUGGCUGGGCUCCAAAGCUUGGGCUCUUUUGGCCAUAAUACUCUGUCUCCUGAGAGCACCUAUGUCCUUUACUCCUGAAAUAUUUGAAAUAUCAGGAAGAUGAGACUUGUCCUUGGACAAGCAGCAGAAGGCCAGGGCAUGGCCAAGUUAUCAGGAUGCUCUCUCUCCUUCCAAAUAGAGUUCCCCUAGACCAGCUAACCCCCACUAUGCUCUAAGAAAGAAUCAUCGUAAUUCCAGCCUCUUCUCCUCCCCUUGGGCCCCCAAACCUCUCCACCUGCUCCAGGUGCCCCACGGCCAUGGCAGGACCAUCGCUAUGUAAAUGUCUGUGCAAAUACCCUGGUGCCAAGUCACCAAUUCUCCAGUGAGGCAGGACUACCUCCUGAGACCAUCACUUCCCAGCCAUGCGGCCCAGGGCAACGACCAUCUGCUCCCUGUUCUUCCUGCUACGGGUCCUGGCUGAGCCGGCUAAAAACUCGGACUUCUACCUGCCUGGGGAUUACCUCCUGGGUGGCCUCUUCACCCUCCAUGCCAACGUGAAGGGCAUUGCUCACCUUGACUUCCUGCAGGUGCCCAUGUGCAAGGAGUAUGAAACGAAGGUGAUGGGCUACAACCUCAUGCAGGCCAUGCGCUUUGCGGUGGAGGAGAUCAACAAUGAUAGCAGCCUGCUGCCUGAUGUGCUGCUAGGCUACGAGAUGGUGGAUGUGUGCUACAUCUCCAACAACGUCCAGCCGGUGCUCUACUUCCUGGCACAGGAUAAUGACCUCCUUCCCAUCCAAGAGGACUACAGUAACUACAUGCCCCGUGUGGUGGCUGUCAUUGGCCCUGACAACUCCGACGCUGUCAUGACUGUGGCCAACUUCCUCUCCCUCUUUCUCCUUCCACAGAUCACCUAUAGUGCCAACAACGAUGAGCUGCGAAACAAGGUGCGCUUCCCGGCCUUGCUGCGCACCACACCCAGUGCUGACCACCACAUCGAGGCCAUGGUGCAGCUGAUGCUACACUUCCGCUGGAACUGGAUCAUCGUGCUGGUGAGCAGCGACACCUAUGGCCGCGACAAUGGCCAGCUGCUUGGCAGUCGCCUGGCCCGGGGCGACAUCUGCAUCGCCUUCCAGGAGACGCUGCCCACAGUGCAGCCCAACCAGAACAUGACAUCAGAGGAGCGCCAGCGCCUGGUGACCAUCGUGGACAAGCUGCAGCAGAGCACGGCGCGCGUCGUGGUCGUGUUCUCACCCGACCUGACCCUGUACAACUUCUUCAAUGAGGUGCUGCGCCAGAACUUCACGGGUGCCGUGUGGAUCGCUUCCGAGUCCUGGGCCAUCGACCCGGUCCUGCACAACCUCACAGAGCUGCGCCACACGGGCACCUUCCUGGGCAUCACCAUCCAGAGCGUGCCCAUCCCGGGCUUCAGUGAGUUCCGUGUGCGAGGCCCACAGGCUGGGCCGCCACCCCUCAGCAGGACCAGCCAGAGGUCUACCUGCAACCAGGAGUGUGACAACUGCCUGAAUGGCACCUUGUCCUUCAACACCGUUCUCAGGCUCUCUGGGGAGCGUGUCGUCUACAGCGUGUACUCUGCGGUCUACGCCGUGGCCCACGCCCUGCACAGCCUCCUCGGCUGUGACCAUGGCACCUGCACCAAGAGGGAGGUCUACCCCUGGCAGCUGCUUGAGAAGAUCUGGAAGGUCAACUUCACUCUCCUGGACCACCAACUCUUCUUCGACCCGCAAGGGGAUAUGGCUCUGCAGUUGGAGAUUGUCCAGUGGCAAUGGGACCUGAGCCAGAAUCCCUUCCAGAGCGUCGCCUCCUACUACCCCCUGCAGCGACAGCUGAAGAAAAUCCAAGACAUCUCCUGGCACACCAUCAACAACACGAUCCCUGUGUCCAUGUGUUCCAAGAGGUGCCAGUUGGGGCAAAAGAAGAAGCCCGUGGGCAUCCACAUCUGCUGCUUCGAGUGCAUCGACUGCCUUCCCGGCACCUUCCUCAACCAGACUGAAGAUGAAUACGAAUGCCAGGCCUGCCCGAGUAACGAGUGGUCCCACCAGAGAGAGGCCUCCUGCUUCAAGCGGCGGCUGGCCUUCCUGAAAUGGCAUGAGGCACCCACUAUCGUUGUGGCCCUGCUGGCCGCCCUGGGCUUCCUCAGCACCCUGGCCAUCCUGGUGAUAUUCUGGAGGCACUUCCAGACGCCCAUGGUUCGCUCAGCUGGGGGCCCCAUGUGCUUCCUGAUGCUGACGCUGCUGCUGGUGGCAUACGUGGUGGUCCCGGUGUACGUGGGGACGCCCAAGGUCUCCACCUGCCUCUGCCGCCAGGUCCUCUUUCCUCUCUGCUUCACCGUCUGCAUCUCUUGCAUCACCGUGCGCUCUUUCCAGAUCGUCUGUGUCUUCAAGAUGGCCAGCCGCUUCCCGCGUGCCUACAGCUGCUGGGUCCGCUACCAGGGGCCCUACGUCUCUAUGGCGUUUAUCAUGGUACUCAAAAUGGUCACUGUGGUGAUUGGCGUACUGGCCACAGGCCUCAAUCCCACCACCCGUAUUGACCCCGAUGACCCCAAGAUCAUGAUCAUCUCCUGCAACCCCAACUACCGCAACAGCCUGUUCUUCAACACCAGCCUGGACCUGCUGCUCUCAGUGCUGGGUUUCAGCUUCGCCUACACGGGCAAGGAACUGCCCACCAACUACAACGAGGCCAAGUUCAUCACCCUCAGCAUGACCUUCUAUUUCACCUCAUCCGUCUCCCUCUGCACCUUCAUGUCUGUCUACAACGGGGUGUUGGUCACCAUCAUGGACCUCUUGGUCACUGUGCUCAACCUCCUGGCCAUCAGCCUGGGCUACUUCGGCCCCAAGUGCUACAUGAUCCUCUUCUACCCGGAGCGCAACACGCCCGCCUACUUCAACAGCAUGAUCCAGGGCUACACCAUGAGGAGGGACUAG